AUGGGAGUCCCAAAUCAUAAUCUCGACGCUCUCGAGCAGCAGCGCCUUACUCUCGAAGAAAACAUCCUCCAACUCGAGAAAUCGCUAUACCAUUGGCGCACCUGGGAAGCCGAGUACGAUGGUGUUCGCGAAGAAAUCAGCAAUCUUGAUGAUGACGCCUCCACCGAAGAUUUCCUCGCCGUUGCUUCGGAAUUCGGCGGCACCUUGGUAGACGAGAAGGAAAUGCACACGAUACUCGGGGCGCAGGGCGUGACACGAUCUCGCGGUCAGGUGGUUGAUCUUCUUGGGCGGAGAAUCGAUUAUGUCAAGCAGAAUGUCUCGACCAUGGAAAAGAGGCUGCGUAAGGCCCAAGAUGAGCGGGACGAUCUGGACACGAACGAUCUGCCUUCGGCGCAAAAGGGAGCGGAUUUCCCAAUGCAGGAGAUCAUGGAGGAGCUUGAUGAGGAUGGAAAUGUCGUCUCAAGCUCCAUUAAUGCUCCCGGUAAUCAGGCGUCGGAGUUGCUCCAAAUGUUGGAAAAGGCCGGUGUCAAGGACAUCUCGGAAAAUGAUACCCAGGAGAAGCCUGCUGCCUCUGAGCCCAAGGCCGAGGAAAAAGUUGGAACGCCAGGAACCUCGCAGGCAGCGGAGAAACAGGCACAGGCCCUCAGUGGCGAAAACGCAGUCCCUCAGUCGAAUGGUGCCCCCGUGAACGAGAUAAAAAUUGCUCAGCCCCAGUCUCUGGUGACCGAUGAAGAUCGCAAGCAACCGCCCGUCACUGAUGUGGACGAAUCUCUCGAAGAAGCCAAACUCCGCCGCGAAAUGCUCGAGUAUGGAAUCAACGAGGUUGGCGCUAUCGUCGCGGAACUGGAAAUGGACGAGUCUGGGAGUGACAUUUCAUUCGACGAAGAAUAUGACUAUGAUGAUGAUUACGAGGAAGAUGAGGACGAACACGGCAGGUCUCGCACUCGCCUUCCGGCGGAUUAUCACAAAGAGAUGAUGGAGCUGGAAGCAAAGCUCAACGCCAGAGGCCUGAUGAACAUGGGCAAAGACACCCAAACCUUCCCCGAGGAGGUGCAGCAAGAUAUCGAGAAUCCUCCUGAGGUCCCGGAUGAGUCAUCCACCAAAAAGAAGCCGAAGAAGCGCGUUGCUUUCGCAGACGAUCUUGACAUUGCACCAGCCCAGGCGCCCCCGGCCCCAGCCGAGAAGACCAGCCCUCCACAAGAUGAGCCACCUGUUCUCGCUGACGCCAUCGUCGAACGCACAAGCAAGCCUCAAGACUCGGAAACCUCCAGCACUCCUUCUGUUCCCAAGAAGACCUCGCGAUUCAAGGCGGCCAGGAGCAAUGCUCCAGCUUCUAGCGAACCUGUGACCACCGGAGCCUCGUUUGCAAACCCCUCCCAAGUCACCGAGUCUCGUCUUCGCAAACAAGCAAACACAACUCCAUCCGCGGCACCACCCGCUCUAUUCCCUGCAACACCCCAAGAGCCUAAGCCCUUCUCUGCGCCAAUCAUGGAUAUCGUGGAGAAGCCUGUGACACCCCAGCCGCCUCAAGACCGCACUCUAGCCGAGAACGUCCUUGAAAGGCAGGUCAGAUCAGGUACCGCAAAGGCUCCAGAAAUCGACCACUACGACGAAGAAUUCCAUCAGAAGCAGAUUGCGUCGGAGUUCUUCCGUAUGCAACAGCGCAUGAACCCGGCGCAGGCGGAAGAGGAUCAGCAGGUUCUCCCACCCGAUCCAGAAGAGCCACCAAAGCGAGUGAGCAAGUUCAAAGCUUCUCGGCUCGGUUAA